AUGAAUUCCUUUGACUAUGCAGCUCUGAUUUGUUUCUUUGUUGCCAUUUUCUACCACAAUGUUAAUGCCGCAGGUGUCAUAACUCAUCUAACUUUCUUAUCUAGAUGUGCCCCUGACGAACUACAGGAAUUAUAUUAUCCGUGGCUUAAAGCAGGUUCAUUCUUUCCUGAUUCUUUAUACCACUGUGAUCCAAAUAAUGAAAAAUGGGCAGAAUUUGCAGAGUUUACUCACUGGCCCAAAUUCAUUGAAAUUGGGAUACAAUAUUGGCAUGAGAAAUAUCAGCAAGUUCCUGAAUCUGAUGACGCAAUAAAACUAAAAUCAUUCAUAUUGGGUGUUUUUUCUCAUCAAUUGGUUGACAUAUCGUGGCACUCAUUGAUUUCCAAUAUGAGAACUCAUGGACUCUUGAAAGCAUUCAGUGAGCUUGAAUUUAAUGGAGAUAUAUCAGAAGCUCAUAAUUACUUAGAUGUUUUUGGAGAGUUUAUCUUACUCUCUAACAUAUUGGGGCCUCAGAAUCAUGUUAAUAAUGAAAGAUGGGAGUUUUAUACAGAUAAAAACUGGGUAUUACCUAUAGAAGAAGAUAUGCUUGAAUAUAUUGCAAGAUCAGGAUUUUCUGACGCCAAAAUUUCAUACAAAAAUCUGAAAACAUGUUUGGCGACUGGCAUAACUGCUGCCAAUACAGAACUUUCAACCUUUAGAUCGAAUCGUAAUAAUUUGUUAGGUAUUGCAUAUAGAAUUUCUCCAAGAGCAAAGGAAUUUCUACAGGAAUAUUGGUUAGGUGGAGAGUUUGAUUUAAUUUCACAGUUGCGAAAUUGUAUUCCAGUUAUUCAAUCUCAUUUUAAUCAAGAAGCCUAUCCUUUAAACGUCCUUCAAUGUUACGAUUAUCUUCCAUGUCUUGACCAGGAAAUACAAACACCUCGGCAUGAGAUAUUGAAUUUAAGACAUAUGGGGAACUCAAUAUCUCUAACUCCCAAUGUGCCGUUUUCCAACUUUGGAUCUACUUUUACAAUAGGCAGAUUUAAAGAUGACGACAAGUAUUACUUGGCAAUUAGUGCCCCCUUACAAGAGAGGGUUUAUCUAGUUAAAUGGGCAGAACUUGGUCCUAGUAUUCAUGACUGUACUGAAAUGAUAUCUGUACCUUCAAUACAUGGAUCAAAAGUAGACACAUUAACUUUAAAUGACACUGAUUUUUUGGUUGUUUCAAAUCCUAAAAAGAAUAAGAUAUGCUUUUAUAGACAUACUCAAAUGAUCAUAUGCUUAGAGGACACAUUGACACAGGAGGUUCAUCAAUUAAAAGUUGAGACAAUUCAUAACAGUAAUAAUGUAUCAGAAUCCAAUAUAUUCAUUUCAAGUACAUAUUUUGGAUCUGAAGAAACUGGGAAGCUUUAUAUACUCCCAAGUUUAAAACUAUUACCUUUAAUUUUUAAAGAACCGGUCUUGACACCAAUUGAGAUUACAUCGCUUCCAAUUGUACAAGUACACCCAGGUUCUCAGAUCGUACCAUACCAGCAUUUUGGUUCUAGUGUCGAAUCUACUGAUUUGUGUUUGUAUGUCACUAGUCAAAACCAAGGCGUAGUCUUUAUUUAUUCGAUAGAUGCUCAAACUUCCCAAUUAUUUCCUAAAUAUUAUAUCCAGGAUAACAGGAACAUUAACCCAAUUAACAAUUCAAAUCUACCGAACUUACCACUAAAAACUUCAAAUAAACAUGGCAUGUUUGGAUAUCUUAUGAAAAGUUGGUGUCAUGAGGGGGAUAUUUUCGUGGCAAUAUCACAACAUUUAUUUAAUAAAAUACAUAUUUACAGGGAAGUUAAAGAUUCAAUUGAAUUCUAUUGUACAUUAGAGUUCAAUUCAAACGUGGAACCCAUUUCUUCUAUGGUUGGUUUUGGAACGGCUAUAGAAUACCGUUUAUCUGACCGAACACUUUAUAUCUCAUCCCCAGGAAUAUAUGGAGGUAUUGGUGCUAUUUGGAAAGUCUCAAUGAGGGAAAUAAGAGAAAACAGAGAAACUAUGAAGAAGAGCUCACUGAAUCUCAAUAAAUUCAAAUAUUUGCAUGCAAUAAAUUCAAAAAGUCAUCAAAGAGGCAUUUCCAGUUUUGGUUCAACAUUACUUUCUACUUUUGAUAACAGACUCAUUAUUGGUAUUCCAAACGAUGGGUAUGGUGAACUCAAGCAAGAUCAACUAACGGGGAGUAUUCAGAUUAUUUAA